AUGCAGAUCUUCGUUAAAAACCUGACUGGCAAGACCAUUACCCUUGAGGUGGAAAGCUCUGACACCAUCGACAAUGUAAAGGCUAAAAUUCAGGAUAAGGAAGGGAUCCCUCCAGAUCAGCAGAGGCUUAUCUUCGCUGGUAAGCUCAGGGGUGGUAUGCAGAUUUUCGUCAAGACCUUUAUUGGGAAAACCAUUACUUUGGAGGUGGAGAGCUCCGACAUCAUUGAUAAUGUUAAAGCCAAGAUACAAGACAAGAAAGGCAUCCCGUCAGACCAACAGAGGCUUAUCUUCACUGGUAAACAGCUUGAGGAUGGCCGUACUUUGGCUGAUUACAACAUUCAGAAGGAGUCUACACUCCACUUGUUGUUGAGGCUUCGUGGUGGCAUGCAGAUUUUUGUCAAAACCCUCACUGGGAAGACAAUUACCCUUGAAGUUGAGAGCUCCAACACUAUUGAUAACGUUAAAGCUAAAAUUCAGGACAAGGAGGGAAUCCCACCAGACCAGAGUGAGAGAAUUCUUGUAGACGGACGGAGUUUCAGACCUAUCAGUUAG